AUGGCGGCGAUUGAAGGUUGUAAUAAGAUCAAAGGACCAUGGAGUGUAGAGGAGGAUGACCUGUUGCAGAAGCUCGUGCAACGGCAUGGGGCGAGAAACUGGUCGUUGAUAAGCCGUUCGAUUCCCGGCAGAUCGGGGAAGUCAUGCCGUUUGCGGUGGUGCAACCAGCUUUCGCCUGAGGUGGAGCACCGGCCAUUCUCGCCGGAGGAGGAUGAAAUCAUUCUCAAGGCGCAGGCGGAGUUCGGGAAUAAAUGGGCGACGAUAGCAAGGCUCCUCAAUGGCCGUACAGAUAACUCGAUAAAAAAUCAUUGGAACUCGACGCUGAAACGGAAGUGCGCCGCGGCGGUGGAUGGAGACGAGCGACCCGUGCAGGUUUUGAGGAGAGCGAACAGCGUGGAUGUCACAGGUGUGGUUACGAAUGGCUUUACGGUGAGUCCUGAGAGUCUGAGUCCGUGUGGUUCCGAAAUCAGCGAUUCGAUUGAAAAUGCUCUCGCGUAUACAAAUACGAAUAUGAAUGUUUACUUUCCGGCUAUCGGAAAUGCAGUUUUCGCUCCACCAGUAGAAUUCUCGCUGGCGGUGAUGGAUGAAGAUAAUGCAGAUGAUCCGUUGACGGAGUUGACUCUAUCUAUGCCAGGGUCUAGGGAAGACUUUGCGACGGCAGUGGUAACGGAAAAGGAGGAUAAGAGCGAGACGUUGUCGUUUGGCCUCGAAUUGCGUACCGUGCUGCAAGAGAUGAUUAAGAAGGAAGUGAGAAAUUAUAUUUUGGAACGAUGA